UAUUCACAUACAUCAUAAACAAUUUUUUUUUUUUUUUUUGGUGAAAACAUCAUAAACAAUUAAAUAACACAGAUUUUAACACAACACAUUAUAUAUAUAAUCUGCAGUGCAUCUGCUACUGUGAAAAGGGGUCUUGAAUCUUUGGUUUCAGAUUGUUAUAGUUGCAAAAAUGGUUGGUAACGACAAUAACAACAGCAACAAGGAGAAGGAGAAAGACCUUGAGCUUUUGUUUGAGGAGAACGAUGAAGAUGUCAAUGAUGAUGAACAACAGGAUAUUGAAGCUGUGAAGUUUGAGAGUGAGAGUAGCAGUGAAGGUGGCAGUGAUGAUGACGGAAAUGAUAGAACACAGCUUCAGUCUUUCACUUCUCAGCAAUGGCCUCAAAGUUACAAAGAGACUACAGAUUCUUAUACAAUUGCUGCAGCUCCAAAUUUUGAAUCAAUUCUUCGAGGACCAAGUUUUCUUUAUUCCAGUGUUGGCAAUCUUUCAAAGAGUAGCUUAGACAUAGAUGGAAAGACUCCUUUUCUAUCUGGUCAGGAAGGCAUUAUUAAUCAAUCAACAUGGUGGGAGAAAGCCUCAGUGCAAAGGCAUUAUACUGGAGAAUUGCCCAUUGGUUAUGGAUGCAGCUUCACUCAAACAGUUUUCAACGGGAUUAAUGUGAUGGCUGGAGUUGGCCUUUUGUCUACACCUUAUACAGUGAAAGAAGCUGGGUGGAUGAGCAUGGCGGUGUUGCUUCUUUUUGCAGUUAUUUGUUGUUAUACAGCCAACCUUAUGAGACUCUGCUUUGAAACUAGAGAAGGAAUCACAAGCUACCCAGAUAUAGGAGAAGCUGCAUUUGGAAAAUAUGGCCGUAUAGUAGUAUCAAUCAUUUUGUACACUGAAUUAUAUUCAUAUUGUGUGGAAUUCAUCACCUUGGAAGGCGAUAACCUCACUAGUUUGUUUCCUGGAACAUCUUUAGAUUUGGGUGGUUUACAGUUAGACUCCAUGCACUUGUUUGGAGUUUUGACUGCACUUAUUAUUCUCCCUACUGUUUGGUUGAAGGAUCUUCGUAUAAUAUCUUUUCUAUCAGCUGGAGGGGUUGUUGCAACCCUUUUGAUUAUUAUUUGUUUGUUUAGUGUUGGUGCAACAGACAGUGUUGGAUUCCAUCACACUGGUCCAUUGGUAAAUUGGAGUGGCAUUCCAUUUGCUAUUGGUAUCUAUGGGUUUUGCUAUGCAGGACAUUCAGUUUUUCCAAAUAUAUAUCAGUCUAUGGCUGACAAAAAACAAUUCACCAAAGCACUAAUAACAUGUUUUGUUUUGUGUAUUUUGAUAUAUGGAGGCGUUGCAAUCAUGGGAUUUCUCAUGUUUGGCGAUGGCACUUUGUCUCAGAUAACAUUGAAUAUGCCACCUGGUGCAUUUGCUUCCAAAGUUGCAUUGUGGACAACAGUAAUUAACCCUUUGACUAAAUAUGCUUUGUUGAUGAACCCACUAGCAAGAAGUCUAGAGGAGUUGCUACCAGAAAGAAUUUCGAGUACUUAUUGGUGCUUCCUUCUUCUUAGAACAGUACUUGUUGCAUCUACAGUUUGUGUUGCUUUUCUUAUCCCCUUUUUUGGGCUUGUGAUGGCUUUGAUUGGUUCUCUCUUCAGUAUACUUGUGUCAGUGAUAAUGCCAAGUUUAUGUUUUCUGAAAAUUGUGGGGAAAAAGGCUACAAAUACCCAGGUUGCACUGAGCGUCACAAUUACUGCACUGGGAAUCAUUUGUGGGCUCCUUGGAUCAUAUUCCUCUCUGUUGAAUAUUGCGGAUAGUUACAAAGACUAAAGCCAUUUGAAUUAUUGUGGUGAUAUGACCUUUCUUUCGUGCGAAAAAAAGGUUCAAAAUUUCCACCGAAAUAUGCAUGUCUUGUUGGCAUUGUGUCCUAAAAUAAUCAACAUAUGCUCUCUCACCCUUGUAGUCCGUGAUUUGUUGCUUGGGAUUUGGUUUAAUUAACGAGGCUUUUUAAGCCCAAAACGGGGAGGGAAUAGACUUAUGGACAUUGAUAUUAUGACAUUAAGCAUAACAAUGACAUUGGCUGAGUUAAAGCUAAAAAUGAGCAUGAACUUUCGAAAAAUUACCAUUCUUUGUUUUGUUAUUUAUUUUUAUUUUUCUAAGAGAUUUCUCUAUUAGUUAAUCAAUUGAUAUACUAUAAUCCAAUCGAGUAUCAAGUUUUAACACAAUUAUAUACUAAAGAUUUAAACUCGAAAUCAUUGACUUGGUUGAAACAAUUUCGUGCUAAUUGAUCUGUGGGGUAAGUAGAUGGUUAUCUUUAUUUGGUUUCCCCCUUCUUUUUAAGGAUAAUAUGAAUAUAAUAUUGUAAGAUGCAACAUAGGUCAUGUUGUAGACUCAAAAAAACAUGGGGCUCACUUCAAAAAAAUUUCUCUUGUGAACAAAAUGGAUCCCAUGUUUUUUUGAAUCUACAACAUGACCUGUGUUGCAUUUUACAACAAUAUACUCAUAUUUCCUUUUUUUAAUGUAUGGAAAAGAAAGAAUAUGGUAGCAUUCAAAAGGACCAGUUGUUUGUAGGUAUAGUAGUGUUUUUUUUUUCUUUCACAUAUGAAAUAUUUAAAUUCAAUAUCACUAAUUAAAUUGGAACAAUAGUGUGCCAAUUGAUCUGUGUGCUAGAUGUUGUCAUAAUUUGGUUUUAAAAAAUAAUGACAUAAAACAAAUCACAUUUAGUCGUGAUUAUUUACAAAAGCUUCCGUUUUUUUAUGUAUGAAAAGGAAAGAAUAUGGUAGCAUUCAAAACAACUGGUUGUUUAUAAGAAGUGCUUUAAGAAGAAUCACUUAACGAUUUUUUUUUUUUUUUGACCUACAAGAUUGCGAAUU